AUGGGCUGGCAGAACAAAUUUAAUCCAAAAAAGUAUAAAGUGAUGCAUUUCGGAGUACAUGAUGACAAGACAAGAGAGUACAUGAUGAAUGGUGAGGCCCUAGGAAGUACAUGUGAUCAGGACUUUAGUGUGCACAUCCAAAGAUCCUUGAAAGCAACAGGACAGUUAGAUAAGGUGGUUAAGAAAGCAUAUGGGUACUUGCCAUUAUUAGUUGAGGCUACAAACAAUGAGAUGAGUGCAACAGAAAAUGCCUACGAGGGAGAGCUGCAAACACCUGUACUCACUAACAAUGUGGAUGCCAAAGAUGUCACUACUGUUCAACAGGACACAAGUUUAAAUAAUGGAUUGAAAGCUAAACCAAAGAAACAUGUCUGUUUCCCUUCAGGAGGAAAGAUCGUCUCUGGAUCAGCAGAACCCUGGAAUCCAUGGGAAGCUGCUGGCAGUUUUACAGUGGAUGAGAUCAUCACAUCCUACAAAUUAAGCUGUGAAAAACUUGGUGUACAGCCUAUUCACAAAUUGCUGACACAACUGCAGAAGAUCACAGAGGUACAUCAUAGGAUCAAAUGUUUAGAUCUGAAAGGUGAAAAGUUAGACUAUGAGGGUUGUGAAGCCCUCGAAGAGAUCUUCAAACGGAUACAGUUUAAACUGAUUAACUUGGAGUGGGUGAAGCUGGACGAAAAUGGGGCUUCAGCAUUGUUUGAUAUAAUGGAAUACUAUGACUCAGCAGUACACCUCAACAUCUCCUUCACCAAACAUAUUGGAAGCAGGGGCUGGGUGGCAGCAGCUCAGCUGAUUAGGAAGAGCAGCAGUUUGAAAGACUUUGCGGCCUGUGGCAUUUCCUUGACAGAGCACAACGCACGUUCAGUGGCACAAGGCCUGAAGUUUAACAGUCACCUGAGAGUAUUACGUCUGGAUAAUGCCAGUUUAAGUGGUCGGCCUCUGAUGCUGCUAGUUUCUGCCCUGAGUGUGAACCAAAUGCUACAGGAACUCUACUUGGCAGACAACAAACUGAACAGCAUUCAGGACUCCAUGUACCUACGAGAGCUGUUGCAAUCUAACUGUACCAUAAGACUGUUAGACCUCAAAAACAAUUCGAUCUUCAACACAGGACUGGAAGAUAUCUGUGAAGGUCUAAGAAGACAGAAGCAAGGUCUGAAAACACUUAUACUUUGGAACAACAGACUAACACAUAAAGGGAUGAGUCAUCUAGCUGCUGUUCUACCUAAAUUAACUUGUCUGGAGACACUGAAUUUAGGUCAUAAUCCACUGAGCAAUGAAGGAAUCCUUAGACUUAAAGAAGCGUUGAUAGCUAAUCGAUCAGUCAUUCGUUUAGGACUGGCGUCAACAGCAAUAACUUGCGAAGGUGCAGUAGCCACUGCUGAGUUUAUAGUGGAGAGUGCUAGGAUUCUAAGGUUGGAUCUGCGAAGGAACAGAAUUAGAACUGGAGGUCUGAUGGCCCUAUCUCUCGCACUGAGACUAAAUCAUUCACUGGUCAGACUGGAUUUGGACAAGGAACCAUUGGGUGAGACAGAAGAGUGGUUGAUUGAAACUCAGAAAUUACAACUGGUUGAAAUUCUGAAAUGCUGCAAGAGAAACCUGCUCACAAGACAAACAAAGAUGGAAAAGGAGAAGGAUGAGGAGAAGAAACCAGCAUCAUCUUUUUAA